UAUAGUUUUUAUGCCAGAACCCCCCCGGGCUCCCAUACUCACGUAUACAGCCCGUUUCCGAUGCGCGCUAUUUAAUUUGACCAUGUUUUCCUCUCAGUAUCGCUGACAUGGCAGCGCCUUCGGCGGAGGUCGGUUUGGCGACGCUGGGCUCGCGCGCAGGUGAAUAACGCGGGAACACGAGAGGCAGUGGGGGAGACACCGUGGGGAUCCCCACGAUUACAUAUCUACCUGAGGCAGAGGCCGCUCAGUCCUUCUGGCGGAGGGGAGAAGGACGCGCUUUUAGCUGUGACGCCCCGACUGAGUGACACUGGAUCACACGUGCCAUGGCGCGAGCGGCUCUCGUGGGAAUAACGCUGCUGCUUUGCGGACUCGCGCCGCUCGCGAGCGCCGAGCGAGAAUGUGUGUGUGGUGGGAGGUCCAGAUGCCACUGUGAAGGAGUCAAAGGUGACAAGGGCGAGCCAGGUAUCCCAGGUCAAUCGGGACUGCCAGGUGAAAUGGGAAUUACAGGAAAUGAUGGCGAGCCUGGACAGAGGGGCGUCAAGGGUUCUGUGGGAGGGCCAGGGAGACCAGGACCAAAAGGCUCACGGGGACUUGAUGGAAAGUCUGGACAAUUUGGCACUCCAGGAAUUCCUGGAGAGCAAGGACAUGAGGGCCCCAGAGGGCAGCCUGGUGCCCCAGGGUGCGAUGGCGCAAAGGGUGAAAGGGGACCUCAGGGACCCCCAGGAACUGCUGGUUUUACCGGUGAACAAGGACAACCUGGUGCCCCAGGUAUCAAGGGGGAAACACACUACUCUCCAUAUUCAGCUCCUCAGAGAGGACAGAAAGGUUUCCCGGGUAAAGACGGGUCAGCGGGAGACCCUGGAUCCCCAGGUAUUCCAGGAGCAUCUGGCCAGAAAGGAUCCCAGGGAGUUCCAGGACAAAGAGGGAAGCCUGGGCGACCAGGAGAGAAGGGUAAAGAGGGAAUAUCAGGAAUACCAGGCCCCCAAGGUCAAAAGGGUGAGAGAGGUCCACCUGGUUUACCUGGACAGAGAGGCACCAAGCUAUAUGCAACAGGAACCAAGGAGAAUAAAGGGGAACCUGGAGAUCCUGGAGAAGAAGGCUGCACUGGAAUGCCAGGCCCACCGGGAGCGUCUGGCCGCAAAGGAGAAGCAGGAGAGAGAGGAGAUCCUGGACCUCUGGGAAAAGAUGGAAAGGACGGGCUUCAGGGAGAGGAAGGUCUUCAGGGCUUUAAAGGGGAUAAGGGAUACUUUGGGCCUCCUGGGAUUCCUGGUCCAAAGGGAGAACGAGGUCGUCCUGGUCCCCCAGGUCACCAAGGAGAACUCUAUGUAAGAAUUGAAGAAAUAAAAGGCCAAAGAGGGCCUCCUGGUUUACCUGGACCUCCUGGCCCUGAAGGCAGUAUAGGGCAAGUUGGAUUUCCGGGAAGUCCAGGCAUUCCAGCACCCACUAAAUUUGGAGAUCCUGGGCCACGGGGCCAACAAGGCCUUAAGGGGUUGAAAGGGGAUAAGGGAGUGCCAGCACCACAUGAAGUAGGCCCCCCAGGAUUAGAUGGACCUCAGGGGCCACCUGGAUCUCCUGGUGAUCGAGGCCUUCCAGGACAGCCAGGUUUUUAUGAACAUAUGGGGCCUAAGGGAUCCAAAGGGGAGAAAGGCUUGCUGGGGGCCAAAGGUACUUUUGGAGAGCAGGGGGAAGACGGGGAGCCAGGAGACAUCUGUAGAUUGUGCUAUUUGUCAGUCAGUGAACCAGGACCAGCAGGAAAACCUGGCGACCGUGGUGAACCUGGAGUUCCAGGUAAUGCAGGACCACCGGGCUCUAAAGGACCACUGGGUAUAAAAGGUUUGCAAGGUCCUCCUGGCCCACCAGGACCUCUUGGCAAUCAAGGAGUGGAAGGGCAUCAGGGGCUCAAAGGGAACCCUGGCUUUAUGGAAGGACCAGGGGAAAAAGGGGACUUGGGUGACCCCGGCAGACAUGGUAUUCCAGGGGUGAAAGGAAGGAGUGGAAUACCAGGAGCUCCUGGAAUUAAAGGUCCAAUGGGAGAAAAAGGCAAUCUGGGCACUCUUGGAAAGAAAGGUGACCGUGGUAUCCCAGGGACAGGUGGAUUGCCAGGAUUCCUUGGGCCAGAGGGUGUUCAGGGAUUACCUGGAGUGGGGGCAGCAGGGUCCCCUGGUGACAAGGGUGACAUUGGUGUAGAGGGUCUGACAGGGAACCGUGGGGAACCAGGUGAAAAAGGAGAGCCUGGAACAGCCUACGCAAUUCCUGGAGACAAAGGGCAGCCAGGAGCAAAGGGGCAACGGGGCCCACAGGGCCCAGCAGGUUAUCCAGGAUAUGCCGGAGUGCCAGGGUUCCCAGGAACAUUUGGCAUAAAAGGCCAGAAGGGACCAUGCCAACCAGGAGACACAGGAAAUCCUGGGCCCAGAGGUGAGAAGGGUGUGCAAGGUAGUCCAGGUGAGCCUGGCUUCGGGAAACCAGGUCGCCCAGGACCUUCAGGACCACCUGGGGUGGCAGGGUUGAAGGGUAAUAUAGGUUUUGGCCCUCCAGGGCCCACUGGCAGGGCAGGACUACCAGGGGAUGAUGGGCCACUUGGCCUUUCUGGUGACUCUGGUAGCCCAGGAUGCACUGGAUCUCGUGGACAGCCAGGAAGAGAAGGAGCACCGGGGGAUCCAGGUGAGAUGGGGUCUGUUGGGCCUCUGGGGUUUGUUGGCAAUCCUGGAGUCUGUGUUCCUGGAUGCACAGGUGGCAAAGGAGUCCUAGGUGAGAGGGGAAGACUUGGAACCACAGGGCCCCCGGGGCAGAGAGGAGAGCAGGGUGACUCUGGACAUUGUGGGUUUGGUUUACCUGGUCCUACAGGUCCAGCUGGGAAUCCUGGGUACAAGGGGACACCUGGACCAGAUGGGCCAAUCGGACCGAAAGGGGUCAAAGGAACGGAUGGCUUGUGUGGCCCUCCAGGUCAUCGAGGAGACCAGGGGCCUCCUGGUGUCUGUGGUCCUCCUGGACCACCUGGAAACUGUGGCCCUCCUGGACGGCCUGGGCCUAAAGGUUUUAUUGGUACUGAUGGACAACCAGGUUGCAGAGGUCUACCAGGGGUUCCAGGAGACUCUGGCGAACCAGGCUGUCCAGGACAAAGAAGUAUUUUUGAAAGGCCUGGAGAUAAAGGAGAGUGUGGAACGUCAGGUGAUAUUGGCCUUACUGGUGAAAAAGGUGACAAAGGGGAGACAGGAUGUAAUGGCGACAAUGGGAAGAAUGGAGAACCAGGAUGUCCGGGGCCACCGGGUCCUCCUGGAAACCAAGGCAUUGAUGGCUGCCAUGGACCCCCUGGUCCCGCUGGCAAUGAUGGAGAUUGUGGAUUUAUCGGGUUUCCAGGUAUCAAAGGCUUUAAGGGGGAGUAUGGCCUCCCUGGAGAACCAGGACCUCAUGGUACUCCAGGAGUAUGUGGACCAAAAGGGGUCAAAGGCGAACCUUGCCCACCUGAGCCAGGGCCUCCAGGAUGCCCAGGAAAUAAGGGUCAGCAGGGCAUUUCAGGCAGAAAAGGACAGAAGGGAGAAAUAGGAAUGUGUGGCCCUGUAGGAUGUCCAGGCCCAGAUGGACCCUGUGGAGCCAAAGGAAACGAUGGAUCACCAGGAACGCCAGGAUGCCCAGGACCACCUGGAGAAAGUGGUAGCGAUGGAAAUCCAGGUCCCCCAGGUCCCCGAGGACCACCAGGCCCUUUGGGUUCUCCAGGGUUACCAGGUGAACCAGGGUAUGUAGGACUCAAAGGAAGCCAGGGCAAAGAUGGCAUCCCUGGACCUCCUGGAUUGAAAGGAGAGAAAGGGGUUCCUGGAUACGGACUACCAGGACCACCAGGUGCUAAGGGUGGGAAAGGCCAAAAAGGGGAUCACGGGCCUGGGGGCUCCAUGGGACCACCAGGUAGACAUGGACCAGAGGGGGACCGUGGGCUUGAUGGUCUACCAGGACUACCUGGGUCCACUGGGAAACCAGGUGAACAAGGGUUGUGUGUGGAUGGACCUAAGGGACAGCGAGGUUGUGAUGGACCACCCGGAAACCCAGGACCCCCAGGGCCAUGUGGUCCUCAAGGGCUACCUGGUCCUGGCCUGAAAGGUGAUAAGGGUGACUGUGGGGUUUUCGGACCAGCGGGACUCCCUGGUUCCAGAGGAGACUGUGGCCUACCGGGGCCACCUGGUCCUGACGGGACUAAUGGUUGCCCUGGCCUCAAAGGAGAAAGGGGACCGAAGGGUGAAUUUGGACCACCAGGUCAAACCGGAGAUUGUGGUCCAUUUGGCCCCGCAGGUUGUCCAGGUCUGAAAGGACUGCCGGGAUAUCCAGGUCCUAAAGGGAAAGAAGGGGUCUGCAGAGACACUCCUGAACCUGGAGACCGGGGUCCCUGUGGGAAGCCAGGAGACAUAGGAAUAGCUGGACAUUGUGGCCCUCCUGGGCCACCUGGGCCAGAGGGAGUCAAAGGCUGUAAGGGACUUAAUGGCAACGUAGGUGGAACCGGUCGUAAAGGACUACCUGGAGAGACGGGGGACAGAGGGUAUCGAGGUUUAAAGGGAGCUCCAGGUUGUGCUGGUAGUGCUGGUCUGAAAGGCAGUAGAGGGCUGCAAGGGCAGUGUCAGCCCAAUGGAAUCGACGACAGCUUCUUGUUCACCAGGCACAGUCAGAGACCAGAUGAACCAUCCUGCCCAGGAGGAUCCAAGCUACUCUACUCUGGAUUUUCUCUCCUUUUUGUCAACGGAAACAAUAGGGGACACGGGCAGGACCUGGGCACUCUAGGGAGCUGUCUACAGAUGUUUUCCACAAUGCCGUUUCUUUACUGCAAUACCGGGAACACCUGUCGCUAUGCCUCUCGCAACGACUUCUCCUAUUGGCUGUCCACAAACAUGUCCAUGCCCAUAGACUUGGCUCCUAUAUCUGGUGAUUCUUUGAAGCAGUACAUCAGCAGGUGUUCUGUAUGUGAGGCUUCCACUAAUGUAAUAGCAGUGCACAGCCAGACCACUCAGAUUCCAAACUGCCCUGCUGGCUGGCAGUCUCUGUGGCAGGGGUACUCUUUCGUCAUGCAAACGGGUGUGGGUGCAGAAGGCUCAGGACAGCCGCUAUCUUCUCCGGGCUCUUGUCUGGAGGAUUUCCGAAAAGUUCCAUUUAUCGAAUGCCACGGCAGUGGUACUUGUAACUUUUACAGUGAUUCUUACAGCUACUGGUUGGCUGCUCUGGACCCAAACCAGAUGUUCAGUAAACCAGUCCCACAGACACUGAAACAAAACUGCCAAGGCAACGUCAUCAGUCGCUGUCAGGUCUGCAUGAAGCACAUGAAAUGUUGUGACAAAAAAUGAGCUUUACAGCUCACCUGGCUGCCACAGAGACAUCGGCCACCUGCCCAAAUAUGGUGAGACGCAAGUUCCUCACAGACCCAGCUGAAUCGGGCGGUUCAGUUUGUACUCUCCUUUGAGGUUCCAUCCCAUAUUCAGUUAUGUUUGUGGUUCCUGCAAUCUGCAAAGGGUCUUGAUGGAUGGGCAUGUACGCACAGAGCACUAUGAGGAAACAUAAUGGGGCCAACUUAAAAGUUAUGGACUACUUCUCUGCCUGUUCUCUGCAGGGGUCAUAUGCGUCUCAUCUAGUAUCUUUUUCCUUUUUUUUUUGCGUAUCACUGGUGUUGGAACAAAACCCCAUAUUUCCAUUUUGUUGCUUCUCAGUUUCUGACAUAAUUUGGAAAUACCCAUGGUCUUAUACCAUAUGUCUACAUUUAUGACGAAUGGUCCAACAGAAAUGACCAAAAUUACUUGGAAAAAAACACCAGUUCCACUGACUUACAUUAAAAGCAGAGUACGUUUUUUCCUUCAUCUGUAAAUUGAUCAUUUUGGAGAUAUGAGUUUUGAUCUGACAGCAGCGAUAUCCAAACGAUCACCUUGUUCAGAGCACUUGCUUAUUGAAAAGACUUAAAUCAGAAUAAGCACUGACAGUAUUUUACUGCGACAAUUUCCUUCAUUCUUUUUUAAAGCCUGGUCUUAACAAAUUGCUUUCAGCAUCUUUGCUACAGUUCUUUGCUACAGUUGACUUAUGCCUUAAAAAGCUUUUGUAUUGAUCUUCAGGUUUAUUGAACUAUAAGAGAGGUGAGAAUGAAAGUUUGUGUUUGUCUGUGUUUGAUCAAUAUUUUACAGUGCUAUUCAGAAGCACUGAGACAGUGUGUAUUUAUAAGGUCUUUUUAAAGUAAAUGUCCUGUAUGGGCCCUUGUAUUUUUACAGUACUGUGCAAAUGUUUUACUUUCCAGUCAAAAUGGCCCUUUAUUACAAGCUGUUUGUUGGCAUCAGGGAAAAAACAACAACAUAUUUAACAAAAAAUGACUGACACCUGAACAACUAAACCUAUAUUUCUGCCUGUAUUACAGCUUCCAUUCUUUUUGGGGGAUUGCUUUAAGUUUUUCAAAGAUUGCUGCAGGGGUGUUUUUCCACACCUUAUGUUCAGUCUUAGAAGUAGGUUGCCUUUUCUUCGUCUCCCAGUCCCAUCAUCGGUAAUACUGAGGUCUGAGCUCCGGGGUUCUCAGGGUUCUGAGAACCCCAGCAACCUAGAAUUCACAGCCCUGUUUGUCACAGUCAGAUGUUUGGGUGUUUGUAUGUAUCUAGACUUAAAAAGUAAAUCCAGGGUAGGUCGAUAUGUAGGAAUCAUGGAGAGAACUGUCUAUAUUGGUUUAGCUGUUACCCACGUGGCUCAUCUACUGUAGUAUAUUUGACAUAUUUUACCUUGAUAUUCUUUGUACCUUUUAAAGCUUGUUUGUGCCUACAAUAGUUAUAGCAGUAACUUAAAUUUAUGCACAUUUUAAUAUCCUAUUAGAGAUACAUUGCACUGUGUAAUAUGAAAAUAUGUACAUUUUUCUAAUAAAUGUGACUGACUCAGCCUAAGCAUUAAAAACUGGUUUAUAUUCCCAUAAAUAAUAGUUUUCCAUCUAUGUAAAACUGAAUUGCCUGACUGAGACUGAACCGUAGUGCAGACAUCCAGAGGUUGUUCCUGAUGAUCCUGUGACUGGAUUUGAUCUUAAAGGAUUAGUGUUUGAUCCCAGCUGAUGUCGUCCUACUACUGUAAUGGUGUGCCCUGGAGUAAGGCACCUAAUUCCAAGUUGUUUCAGGGAGGUUCUCUCUGUAAGCAAUAUCAGUUAGUUCUUCUGGAAAAAGUAAUUGUGUUAUGAGUUAUGUAAUCUUUAUUUAAUCAGCGUCGGAGUACUGAGGUUAUCCUAAUGUACAGUCGUUCCCUUGGAGCAACUUAGUUUCAAUUGACUUAAGGGUGAAAACAAGAACCUCAGAAACUGCAGCCAUUUAUUGGAAGAUUAAUUUCCUGUAUUUCUUACCUGGAUUUUUACCUGCAACCCUACAUCUAGUGAUCUAUUAAUGCUCCACCCGCAAAUGCAUUUCAUUACAGCCAUUCUGAAGACUUAGCAAAAAUCUUCUUCAGCCUGAAGAGAUGUUGUAGCUUACAGCAUUCAUCAAAUAAGACUUUUAAUAUUUGUUAAUCGUCAUGCAAAUUUCCUGUUUACAAUGCUACACUACCAAGCUUGGAGAACUGAGUACCAGAGACCAGCACAGUUUGCCUGCUCUAGCAUGACAACCAAACCUGGUAGUCAACUGGUGAGAUUAAUGAGGUGUGACUGAACUAGAAAAUCAGGACCGGAAUUCCCUAGACCUGCUGUAGAUGAUGGAAAAUGGAUAGCGGCAACAUUAUCUCGCCACCAUUUUUAAUGCUAGCUGAACUGCAUUAAAAAAAAACUUACUCAGCAUAUUUUCUUUCACACACAUGCACGGUAUAAAAUCUUGUGAAAUUAAUAACACUCUAAAUUUGAGUUGUUUGCUAUGAUUCUUCAUUAGGCUAAACGAGAUUUUCGUUAAAGUUCUGUAAAGCUUGUCUAAACUCCUAGGAGUCUAAAACUGGGAGGGAGGGUGGCAUGGACAAGUCAGUUGCAUUUAUUAUUAAAAUACACUGCAAAUUUUCAACCAGGCAUGCCUAUUUUCUUCAUUUGGGGUCACUAUUGUUCUCAGCUUGUCUUAGACCUCAGUGCUAAGGUGUUAAGAUCUAUGAAUAUGCACGAUUAUGCAAAUAAUAUGCACCCCCGUUUCUGAGCAGCGCACCUCCCACCACUAUCCUACACACUGGCUCUCCCUUUGAACAGAAGUGAGAGCAGAAAAGAAGCACACAUUAUAACUUUAAUCAUCAGAAAGACUCUUUCGGCCACUUCAACACCAGUCAAUCGAUUUCACUCACUGACAGUUGAGUCUUUAUCCCAUAAACGUGGCUCAGUGCAUCGUCAGUGAGCUGGAAUUGCGUGUGGGUUAACCUUCUCGAUCAGCUGACAACAGCCUCUGGUUUAAACAAGGGUAUGAAUAAAAGUAACUUAAGCUAGAAACUCCAUUUGAUUUGCAUAUUGAUAUGGCUAUCUGGUUGGUAAAGAACAGAAAUUUUGUAAUAGAGGUUUUGUAUUGUUUCAGCUUAUAACACAUACAGGAUACGGUGGUUGUGAUUUGAGCAAAUGCGAGUUGUAACUCCAGCCAUUCCUUAAUCCAAUCGGAGAUCUUCACUUUAUUCUUACAUGCUGUACAUUUGUAUGUUUAUGAAGCUUGGAAGUGCCGUACACAUUGAUGCUGAUGUGUAACUUUAUGACUCCAUGUCCAGGAUGAAUAAAUCUUCUGCUUGUUGUCCACACAGCUAGCUAACCUGCACACUCUCAUUUAUGAAGCCAAAUAAAAGCACCCAGCAAAAUGUCAGGAGUACUUGCAACCUAGCUGCCGAUGUAUUCUUUCCGUUUAUUUUUAGAGCUCCAAAACAUUCAUGUAUACUAAUCAAUAAAAAAUCUGCUUAUUGUGGAUCACAAAAAACCUCCUAAUGAUGCAUCAUAAUAUUAUACUGUAUAUUUUUUCCAUGUUGGCCCCACCUUCUCGCUAACUCAAAUUAGGCUGUAUUACUGGACUUUACACUUACAUUACUUACAUUACUGCCCUUACACUUUAUAACUGGUAUGUAUUUGCAUUAAUAAAAGAUUUUUUUGA